CAAACGGUUCGAAAGUUAACAGCAACAUUGACAAAUCUGAUAAUGACGAUCAUGAUACUCCACUUCAUUUUGUUGUUAUAAAUGGUGAUAUAGAAAUUGUUAAGAUGCUUCUAGACAGAAGUGCUAAAAUUAAUACUGAAGUUCAGUUUGGCAGAACUCCGCUUCACAAUGCAAUUGAAAAUGAGGAUAUAGAUCUUGCUGAAUUACUUUUAAAUUAUGGAGCUAACGUUAAUGCCAGAGACAGUUUAGGUUUAACACCACUGUGUCUUGCUGUCUACCAACAACAUGUACAUGGUGCUAAGAUGCUGUUGGACAGAGGUGCUAACGUUAAUCAUCAAAAGCAGAGGUUCGGCACAACUCUGCUUCAUGAUAUAAUGGAAAAAAAGGAAAUAAAAAUUGCUAAAUUACUAUUAAAUCAUGGAGCCAACGUCAAUGCCAGUUCUAAGUCAGGUGUUACACCACUGUGUAUUGCUGUUCAACGAGGACAUGUAGAUGGUGUUAAGAUUCUGUUGGACAGAGGUGCUAACGUUAAUGCUAAAACUCUGAGUGGCAGAACUCCGCUUCACUAUGCGAUUGAAAAUAAGGAAAUAAAAAUUGCUGAAUUACUUUUAAAUCAUGGUGCUAACGUUAAUGCCAGUGAUGUGUCAGGUUUUACACCACUGUAUCUUGCUGUUCAUCGAGGACAUGUAGAUGGUGUUAAGAUGCUGUUGGACAGAGGUGCUAACGUUAAUGCUGAAACUCGGAAUGGCCAAACUCCGCUUCACUAUGCGAUUGAAAAUAAGGAAAUAAAAAUUGCUGAAUUACUUUUAAAUCAUGGUGCUAACGUUAAUGCCAGUGAUAAGUCAGGUGAUGCAUUACUGUGUCUCGCUGUUCGAAAAAGACAUGUAAGUGGUGUUCAGAUGCUUUUGGACAGAGGUGCUAACAUUAAUGCUGAAACUCGGAAUGGCCGAACUCCGCUUCACUAUGCGAUUGAAAAUAAGAGAAUAAAAAUUGCUGAAUUACUUUUAAAUCAUGGUGCUAACGUUAAUGCCAGUGAUAAGUCAGGUGUUACACCACUGUGCCUUGCUGUUAAAAAAGGAAAUGUAGAAGUUGUUGCGAUGUUGUUAGACAGAGGUGCUAACAUUAAUGCUUUACCAUAUAACGCUUCUUAUGACUUUUCUUGUGGCAUUUAUUUUAAAAAAAUUGCUGAGUUUCUUACACAGCAUAUAGUUAAGAUAAAAGCUGCAAAUUUAUCCGUAAGUGAACGAUUAGUAUCAAUAUGCAGCAAUUAUGAAAUAAGAGAUUUACAGGAUAUGUGUGAAAAAGAAGUAGCUAUCAUGAAGAAUGAGAAAAUUAGUAAUACUAACAUAUCAUUUUACGAUAUCUUGAUAAAAGAUACAAAUCGAUUAGCAAUAUAUAUGAGAAAUGAAAAUGUAGUGCAGGUUUUACGAUCAGACGAGUAUAAAACAAAAUUUCCAAUAUACUCUAGCAUGAUAAAAAAUCAGUUCAGAAAAAGUAUGAAAAAGAAAGAGUUGCUCGAACAAGGCACUAAAAUUUUUUAUUUGUUCUGUAACUUUCCUGAGCUACCACUUGGGUGUAUUGAACGAAUAUUUAGUUACUUAAGUGAUAAUGACAUAAGAAUUUUAAUAGAUACUUUUAAGUCCCCUAACAGCACGGAUAUAUUCUGAGUACGUACUGAGUAAGUCGCAGUCCGUAUAUUGUGAUCAUCUCAGUACAUUCUCAUACGUACUGCUAUCAACUGAGUACGUACUACGAUCGUACCUAUGUCCGCGGCACCAUCUAGUGUAGAAUUUCGCCGCGAAUAUUUAAUAAGUAAUAUUUAAUAAGUUUAGUAAUUAGUUGUAUGGUUCACCUAUUUUCAUACAUUAAGAUUAAAAUUAAUUAGUUGGAUGUGAUAAAAUAUAUCUGUAAAUGUCGACACGUCAAAAAUUGAUAAAAAAGAAAUUACGUGCUCUGAAGCUAAUACGACAUUGUUCGCUGAAAAAAAUAAAAUUUCUAUAUUUUACAUGUAUGUUUUAC